ACAUUUGAGGCGCUCCAGGGAUUUAGCGAGCAUGCCCAGUGGCCGAAGCGCUGCCUAGAGGAAACGGGUGUACAUUCGAGUCAUACCAAGCAUAGCCUGCGUGUCAGUGGCAGUGCAGUCGACUUACAGCGGGCUGUGAGGAGAACUGGCGCAACCCUAAGUCCCAUAUGAAAUAAUUUUCAGUCCAGUUUAAUCGCUAAAACUUUUUCUUAAGUCUUUCGAAAGUCGAGUAAACACCUUUCGCUAAGGUACACAACCCUUGACGGGUUGAAAUAAGGCUGAGCCACGAGAGAAGUUUAAAGGCUGGGCCUUUAGCUUGGAGGACGACUUCUGAACGCUCGUACUCACCCUCUCAGCGCUUGUGUCGAAAGCAAAAAAGCUGGGCUUUUUGCUAGCUUGAUAAAUGCUUCUUACGAAGAUGGACCUGUUGAACUACCAGUACUUGGACAAAAUGAACAACAAUAUCGGCAUUUUAUGCUACGAAGGCGAGGCCACGCUGAGGGGGGAGCCCAGAAUGCAGCCCAUAUCUCUGGCACCCGUAGUCAGUGGCCACAGGACUGGACCUCCUCCCAUCAGCCCCAGCAAGAGGAAGCACAUUGGGGACCAGGCUGACGAUGACCUUGACUGCAGCAACGAGCAUGUCGCCAAGAUGAGCCGGCUGUUUGCCUCGCAGUUGGGCAAGCCUGCCAACGGGGACUACCGCAAGGACCCCCGGGAACGCAGCCGCAGCCCUGUGGAGCGUGCCGCUGCCCCACCUGCCCUCAGCCUCCAUGGGGGCCAAUUCUAUGCCCAUGUCCCCAGCCUGGCUAUGGACCAGCCCUUGGCACUGACCAAAAACAGCAUGGAUGCCGCCCGCACUGUCGCCAUCUCACCCACCGUCAGCCCUGUCGAGCGCCAGCAGAAUCGGCCCUCUGUGAUCACGUGUGCCCCAGCGAACAACCGCAACUGUAACCUCUCUCACUGCACUGUGUCUCACAAUGGCUGCUCACCCAUCUUACCGUCAAACUACAGGAGGCCCUCCAACACCAACACGACUUGUGACCCUGUGAUCGAAGAGCACUUCCGCCGCAGCUUGGGGAAGAACUACAAGGAGGCAGAGCCGGUGGCGAACUCUGUGUCCAUCACAGGCUCGGUGGACGACCACUUUGCCAAGGCGCUAGGUGAGACCUGGCUGCAGAUCAAGGCCAAGGGCAGCUCCUCAGGAAGUCCUGACUCCUCCCCAAAUAGUCACAUGGUCAACCACAAUCACUCCCCCUCCCUCGUUUCUUGAAAAGAGGACCAGCUCACCACCCAUCCCCUACUCUCCACCCCUGUCCAAACAUUUUCACUUUCGAAACAACCAUGCAUGUUUUAGCUUGGCUUCAAGCAGUGCUAGUGUAUAGCCAUGUACAUAAAAAAAGAACAGCAAGUUGCAAGUUUUUUUUUUUUUUUUGGUUAUGUCGUCUCAUUUUCGAUUUUUUUCCUUUUCAUUCUUUAAAAAAAUAUAUGUAUACAUUUUUGGAUGCCCACACAUUUUAAACGAUUAACUAAAUGAGCAGGAUGCUUUUCUUCCUCUUAAGAAACGAGUCAGCUAGCAUCCUAACCACCUGUCUCCGAUACCAAAGAAACCUCUGAUGCAAACAUUUUGCCCUUUGACAGAAAGCCAUUCUUUUCUUGCAGCUAAAUUAGUACUUCUUUCCGUCUUGCACCAGUCGUUUUACUUAACAUAGCCCCCUCCCCCCAUACUCACCCGUUUUCAUAUGUGUAUACUUGAAACAGAAGGCUUUGUCUGAUUUUGCACUAUUGAUGGUUUGAGGUAAUACACUAGGGCGUUGAGAGUUUUUGUUUUGGUGUUUUCUUGUUCUAAAUGUAAAAGAGGGCAAACUGCUGACAGCGAUGGUUAGGUGAUGUUAGGUGUUACAUCAUUGUGGCAAGAAAUGAUAUGGGGGGGAGAUUCUGGUUAGAUCCCUAGGUCUUGUUUCAGUUCUUUCUAUGGUUGGUGCGGACAACUGAAUGGCAUCACUUUUAUAUAUGGGCAUUUUUGUCAUUUGUCCCCUCCCCCAAGCACUGUGGUUUUGGUAGAGUAGAUAAGGUUUUAAGGGUAAACUAUUGCUUACCAGUGCAUGUGUUUAAAAUAGCUGGUAUCUAUUAAUAUGUAGACAUUUCAUUCUUAAUACUAUUAGCCUUUUCCUCAGAUUUUAGUUUAUUUUUGUCAGUAACAAUUCUAGAUAAACUUACUGCUGGUACAGUUGUACUCAAUAUUAUUAUUUUUUAUUCAAUAUUCAUUGUGGUAGCAGCAAAAUACAGAGGACAGCCUCCGGACAGGCCAUCUAUAUAUUAACAGUUUGAUUUGUAUGAUAUUAAUCCCGUGGUACAGGAUGCUAUUAGCGUUGUGCAUGACUGAAAAAAUAUUUGCAGCUAUAGAGAGGUCAGCAUGAGAGUUGACAAUCUGCGGAAAAUAUCGAGAGCUAUGUUGUGGUUUGUUGUUCUAUCCCCCUCUGGAUUUAGUGUCUGUGUUUAGUGUCUUGGCAUCAUAUUGGUUGGCUACAGCUAUUGCAGCUGAUCUCCCUCCCUUUUUAAACAAGCAACCUGUACCAAGGUGAGAUACAUUCCUCCAAUAGGGAUCUUAGUACAGGUCAUGCAUUUAGCUCUCAUUUUCAGCAUAGCUAUGAACUAGAGACUUUGUUGUGACAAGAGGUUGCAUAUAGAGAUGAUGCUUAUACUGAGGCUUUGCUCAUCUUAAGCUUGCCUGUACAUUCCAUCACCCCAGUGACAUCAUUGGACAUGCACAAAAUUCUGAAGAGUAAAAGGAAAAAAAAUAGUUUAAGAAGAGCUUAGUUCCAGACAGCCAUUGCUAGUGACAAUUUCCUGAGGAGCUCUCAAAAUAUCCUAUUUACAAAAGUACUCCACAGAUUAAACUAUUUUUCACUUUGUAGUUUUCUUGUAUGUAUAUGAUAAAAAAAAUAAUUGUAUACUGCGUUAGGCGAUCAUAAUGUCUUUGUGCAUGCAUACAGAUGGGGGAAAGGGACUCUGUGUCCUGAGGUCAAUAUAUAUACAUUUCACUACCAGUCUACUAGGUAGGACACUCACUUUGUUUUGACACACAUUUACCCUACACACUGUGGGUAAAUCACUUAAUGGAAAAAAAAAAAAAAAAAACCUUUUUAUAUAGUUAACUAUAAGACCAUCAUUACGCUGUGCGUAACGAAUGUACAGAGAAAAAAAAUCGUAGGUAUUUUUUGAGGAACAAUUAAUUUGUUAAUGAUAUGUAGCUAUUUAAUUUUUCCCUGUCCUUUACUGUAAUCAUGCUUCUUUUUUUUGAGAAAAAAGUUGAUCUUUUUCAUUCGUAGAUUUGUCUGUUUAUGGUUAAAAGUGCAGGAACACAAUUAUUCUAUGAAAACACUGCGUCAUAGCCACUUGUAUAUCAUUUCUAAAGGCUACUGACCAGUCUUGAUACAGCUAUUAACACAGGGGUGUUUCAACUGUCUCUGGAGGCAAUUGAACAAAAAGUUCUCAUCUUUUAGGCCACUUGCCUGGGAUGAGGAACUCCACCCCAACCUGACCGGUUGACAAUUUACUGCCGAUAUUCUCUAUUGAAACAGUAAAUUUGAAGAAGCUGACUUACGCUUCCAAAAGAAUGAACACUAGAUACAAAUGUUCAAAAAUCCUUCACUGCAAACUCUAGUGUACUUUGAACACCCCCAAAUGGUUUGUAAAUCUGUAUUAUAUCAUCAUUUUGUGGCCUUGGUUCUCUUCAAUUAAAACAAAAUUGGCAGGCCAUUGUUUUGUACUUAAAAGUAGCCUCAAUGAACAAUAAAGUGCUCUUAAACCAG